CGGCGGGGAGGUCGCGCUAGAGGCAGUGCGCUCCAGCCGCCGGUGCGAGUGCGCUUCGCUGCUGCCCCGGCUAUGGCCGAUCUUCGUAGCCGGCGUAACCGAUCCCGGGCUUCUCGCCGGGUUCCCUGAGCGCCCUGCCCUUUCCACCUCUGAAAAAUCCCUGCCUUCUUUCCGGGGCCGCGGCGAGGGGCACCGAGAGGCGAGCAAGGAUGCGCUGAGGACCGCUGGGGCGCUCGCCCGGGGUGCAGCCGUGAGUCGCGGCGCGGAAGCCCAGGUGUCUCGGGCCGGUACCUCGAUUUCCCCCCCGUGCGCCUGCCGCCCCCCGCCGCACUUGAUGUGCAGGAAGAGGCCGGACACCAUGAUCCUAACACAAAUUGAAGCCAAAGAAGCUUGUGAUUGGCUACGGGCAACGGGUUUCCCCCAGUAUGCACAGCUUUAUGAAGAUCUCCUGUUCCCUAUUGAUAUUUCCUUGGUCAAGAGAGAGCAUGACUUUUUGGACAGAGACGCCAUUGAGGCUCUGUGCAGGCGUCUAAACACUUUAAACAAAUGUGCGGUGAUGAAACUGGAAAUCAGUCCUCAUCGGAAAAGAAGUGAGGACUCGGACGAGGAUGAGCCCUGUGCCAUCAGUGGCAAGUGGACAUUCCAGAGGGACAGCAAGAGGUGGUCCCGGCUGGAAGAGUUUGAUGUCUUUUCUCCGAAGCAGGACACGGUCCCGGGGUCCCCAGAGGAUCCCCACCUGAAGGGCGCCCCGAGCCACGAGAGCAUGCUGACGGACUUCAGCGAGCGCCAGGAGGUGGCCUCCGUCCGCAGCCUCAGCAGCACCGGCAGCCUCCCCGCCCACGCGCCCCACGGCGGGGACACGGCCACACCCCGGACUAACUCGGCCCUCAGCGUCUGCUCCUCCUCGGCCGGCCCCUUCGUGGGCAAUCACGACGACUCCUUCUGCAGCCUGCCCUCCCCCAAGGAGCUGUCCAGCUUCAGCUUCAGCCUGAAGGGCCACGAGAAGACCGCCAAGUCCAAGACGCGCAGCCUGCUGAAGCGCAUGGAGAGCCUGAAGCUCAAGGGCUCCCAGCACGGCAAGCACAAGGCGCCCUCCAAGCUGGGGCUGAUCAUCAGCGGGCCGGUCCUGCAGGAGGGCAUGGACGAGGACAAGCUCAAGCAGCUGAACUGCGUGGAGAUCUCCGCGCUCAACGGCAACCACAUCAACGUGCCCCUGGUCCGGAAGAGGAGCGUCUCCAACUCCACGCAGACCAGCAGCAGCAGCAGCCAGUCCGAGACCAGCAGCGCCGUCAGCACGCCCAGCCCCGUCACCCGGACCCGGAGCCUCAGCGCCUGCAACAAGCGGGUGGGCAUGUACCUGGAGGGCUUCGACCCCUUCAGCCAGUCCGCCUUCACCAACGUGGCGGAGCAGAACUUCAGGAACCGCGAGCGGUACCCCGAGGACACGGUGUUCUACAUCCCAGAAGAUCACAAGCCCGGCACUUUCCCCAAGGCCCUCUCCAACGGCAGUUUCUCCCCCUCGGGGAACGGCAGCUCCGUGAACUGGAGGACGGGAAGCUUCCACGGCCCGGGCCACAUCAGCCUGAGGAGGGAGAACAGCGGCGACAGCCCCAAGGAGCUGAAGAGACGCAACUCGUCCAGUUCCAUGAGCAGCCGCCUGAGCAUCUACGACAACGUGCCGGGCUCCAUCCUGUACUCCAGCGCGGGGGACCUGGCGGACCUGGAGAGCGAGGACAUCUUCCCCGAGCUGGACGACAUCCUCUACCACGUGAACGGGAUGCAGAGGAUAGUCAACCAGUGGUCGGAGAAGUUCUCGGACGAGGGAGACUCGGACUCGGCCCUGGACUCCGUCUCUCCGUGCCCGUCCUCUCCCAAGCAGAUACACCUGGACGUGGACAACGACCGCGCCACGCCCAGCGACCUGGACAGCACAGGCAACUCGCUGAACGAACCCGAAGAGCCCUCUGACAUCCCGGAGAGGAGGGAUUCUGGGGUUGGAGCCUCCCUGACAAGGUCCAACAGGCACCGGCUGCGGUGGCACAGUUUCCAGAGCUCUCACCGGCCCAGCUUAAACUCGGUGUCACUGCAGAUUAACUGCCAGUCUGUGGCCCAGAUGAACCUGCUGCAGAAGUACUCGCUCCUGAAGCUGACGGCCCUGCUGGAGAAAUACACGCCUUCGAACAAGCAUGGUUUCAGCUGGGCUGUGCCCAAGUUCAUGAAAAGGAUCAAGGUUCCGGACUACAAGGACCGGAAUGUGUUUGGCGUCCCUCUGACCGUCAACGUGCAGCGCUCGGGUCAGCCCCUGCCCCAGAGCAUCCAGCAGGCCAUGCGCUACCUCCGCAACCAUUGUUUGGAUCAGGUUGGGCUCUUCAGGAAAUCGGGUGUGAAAUCCCGGAUCCAGGCCCUGCGCCAGAUGAAUGAAAGUGCCAUCGAUUGUGUCAACUACGAGGGGCAGUCUGCCUAUGACGUGGCCGACAUGUUGAAGCAGUAUUUUCGAGAUCUUCCGGAGCCACUGAUGACGAACAAACUCUCGGAAACCUUCCUGCAGAUCUACCAAUAUGUGCCCAAGGACCAGCGCCUCCAGGCCAUCAAGGCUGCCAUUAUGCUGCUGCCCGACGAGAACCGGGAGGUGCUGCAGACGCUGCUGUACUUCCUGAGCGACGUCACGGCCGCGGUGAAGGACAACCAGAUGACGCCCACCAACCUGGCCGUGUGCCUGGCGCCCUCGCUCUUCCACCUCAACACCCUGAAGAGAGAGAAUUCCUCCCCCAGGGUCAUGCAAAGAAAACAGAGUUUGGGCAAACCAGAUCAGAAAGAUUUGAAUGAAAAUCUCGCUGCCACUCAAGGGCUGGCCCAUAUGAUUGCUGAGUGCAAGAAGCUUUUCCAGGUUCCUGAGGAAAUGAGCCGCUGUCGCAAUUCCUACACCGAGCAAGAGCUGAAGCCUCUCACCCUCGAGGCGUUAGGACGCCUCUGCGCUGAUGAGUCCGCCGACUACCAGCACUUCCUGCAGGACUGCGUGGACAGCCUGUAUAAAGAGGUCAAAGAGAAGUUCAAAGGCUGGGUCAGCUGCUCCACGUCCGAGCAGGCCGAGCUGUCCUAUAAGAAGGUGAGUGAAGGACCCCCUCUGAGGCUUUGGCGGUCGACCAUCGAAGUCCCUGCGACGCCCGAGGAAAUCUUGAAGCGCCUUCUUAAAGAGCAGCACCUCUGGGAUGUAGACCUGUUAGAUUCAAAAGUGAUCGAGAUCCUGGACAGUCAGACUGAAAUUUACCAGUAUGUCCAGAACAGCAUGGCACCCCAUCCUGCUCGGGAUUACGUCGUUUUGAGGACGUGGAGGACUAACUUGCCCAAGGGGGCGUGUGCCCUUUUACUCACAUCCGUGGAUCACGACCGGGCACCUGUGGUGGGGGUGAGGGUCAAUGUGCUCCUGUCCCGGUAUCUGAUCGAGCCCUGCGGGUCAGGGAAAUCCAAACUCACCUACAUGUGCAGAGCUGACUUAAGGGGCCACAUGCCAGAGUGGUACACGAAAUCUUUCGGACAUUUGUGUGCAGCCGAAGUUGUAAAGAUCCGAGACUCUUUCUGUCAUCAGAACGCCGACAGCAAAGACACCAAGUCCAGGUGAUCGCCGAGGCAGCGCCGCUGUGUCCACCUUCCCACCUUCCGGGCGUGGGUUCCCGGAGCCCUUUCCAGUCCUCGGAAGCACGGGUUCUGCGUCUCAUCCCGAAACAAAACUGCAAGUUGGAGCAUAGGAAUCGACUGUAGUGAUUUGACACAUUUUUCAAAGCUGCUUCCUGUUGGUUUAAGGUCUGUGUUAUAGAUCUUGACUGGAAUAUAUAAGACUGCAAAAAAAAAAAAAAAUGUAUUCUUACGCGAAUUGCUUCUGAGAAGCAAAACUAUAAAUACAUUACAGAAGAUGAUGAAGAUACUUCAUCCUCUUGUGAUCUGGGUGUAUGUGUACCUACGUCAUUUUGUUGGCAGCGUGUUGAGGGGCUGGCGUAUCCACUGGAAUAGUUGGUACUCUGACAGGUUUUCUCACUGAGAUGAGCAGAGAAAGGUUUGCACAGAGAGAGACGUGUGUGUAUGUUUGUUUGUUGCUGGUCGCAUGGCACAGAUGUGUAAGUUGGGACGCAGUGUCUGGCACACUGAGAUGCCUCCAAGAAGGAUAUUGAUGCAUCAGGUUCCGUUUAACCUGGAAUAUCUGACUACCCAUGGAUCCACCCGGAAAUUUAAAAGGGAACUCUUUUAUUUUGAGGGGUCAGACAGCCUACCCUUGUCCAUUUUUUUUUUUUUUCUUGAGUUAUCAAACCGACUCCUCCAUCAACUUCUUCUUUACCUGCAAAGUGAUUGUAGUGAAUUUACUCGCAUUUCCUAUUUCAAACACAGUUUCUCUCUAGACCUGAUUGCUGAAGUUGUUUGUAGGUUGUUCUUAACAGCAUUUUUGAAAGCUGAAGAGGUGUAUUAAUUUCAUUUGCUCUUAACAGCAAAUAGGAUUUCUGGCUUUUUUUCUUUUUUCUUGUUUUUUUUGUUUGUUUGUUUGUUUUGGUUUGGUUUUUUUUUGUUUUUGCUUUGCUUUUUCUACCCUUUCUUUUCCUUUAUAAUGAUGUCCUUGGAAUAUAUUUUCAUGGUAAUGGCAGACAGGUAUCACAGGGAAAAGCAAGAUACCAGCACAGUUUUGGCAGGGUGGUCUUUAUACAGGUUUUACUGUAAAGGGAAAGGUUGGCUUCAGAGACAGUAUUAGUGAAUUUAUUUCGUGUGGGUCAAAGUGAAUAACGUAUGAAUGAGAGUUGUAAGAAGGAUUUUUAUUUUGUUAUAAUUUAGUUACCAUUGUCAGUGUUAUUUCCAAGGUUCUUUGAAGAAUUGGUGGGGACAGAUUAGAGUGUUAAAAUUUGAGUAUUUUUGGAUAUCAGUGUUUUUCAUGAAGAUAGACUUGUAUAUUCAAUUUUAAUGGCUUUCAGAUUUGUAAGAUUGUAUGUUGUAUAUACCAUUCUAUUAAGACACAUGUACACAUGUCCACUGUGCUUUCAGACAUAGAUUAAGCAUGAUAAAGAUUAUUAUUUAAAAUAUACUUGUAUUUAUACCUCAGAUAUUCUUUUGGGUUUUGUACCUCAAGGCUUUUGUUUUUUUUUUUCCUAAUGUAAAUACACUUACAUGAAUACAGUCUAAGAGAAAAAGUAAAUAAGAGGUUUAUAAUGUGCUCUGUAUCUGUACAGAAUAUAAUCGGUAAGUGCACUAUUAAAUGUUUAAGGGAAAAGUCUGGCCUGCUCGCCUCUGCAAUGCAUCUUCCUCCCUCCCACCCUGAACACCACAGACUGCAAAGCAUGUCAUUCUAGCACCAACCACAGCGAAAGCACGGAGUUGCUGAAGGAAAAAUCCGGCUGCACAUCAUUCCAAGGCCAAACUGCGGCUGAGCCGCGCGCCAGCACCCGGGGAACCCUGGGGAAGGUUCGGGAAGCCUGGAGAUGCUCUCCGGAGGUCGCUGGGAAACGAUGCUGAGAAAGUUACAAGAACACGCGCAACAGCUCCCGAAAGAUGCUCGUAAGCAAAGCCAAGGUCACCGGUUCAUCCCGCCAAAGGCCUCGCUCCCACGGGUUGGCUCUCCUGUUGAAAGGAUUUCUCCCACAUUCGACAAGAGGAGAUUUCCAAGGAUGUGAACAUGAGCAAGAACUCUGCCACCUGGAGUGGUAUCGCCACCACGUACUAACGGUGACUCACGGCCGAGGUCGUGAGGUCUCCGAGGGCUGGGCUCUUCUCCUGCACAUCUCUGUACUCCCUCCCCUGCAGCAGCUGUCAGUGUUUGUACUUGUAGGCACCUAAUAAAUGGAUGAUUUGCUAAAUGGGA